AUGAAAGCCCCUAGACAUCGAGCUUCUGCCUCUGACAUCAAAGCCCCUAGACAUCGAGCUUCUGCCUCUAACAUCAAAGCCCCUAGACAUCGAGCUACUGCCUCUAACAUCAAAGCCCCUAGUCAUCGAGCUACUCCCCUUAACAUCAAAGCCCCAGAAUUCUCGUUUGUGAGCACUUUUCGCAUGCUAGGACGGACAAACAAAACACUCUGGAACUUGUUUCAAAUCAAAGACAUCAAUGGUGAGCCACAGUUCGGAAUUCGUCUGAAUGGCAGACAGAAAGCCGUAGAGUUUUAUUACAUCAACUAUCUCGGCCGCCGAGAGACAGUCACUUUCCCCAAUGUCAGCCAGCUAUUUAGUGCUAAAUGGCAGAAACUUCACCUGGGCGUGAAGCGGGAGAGUGUGACCCUGUAUGUAGACUGCCAGCCCCUCCUGACACAGCCGGCCAGCUUGAGACGACAGCUCGACCUCAACGGAGAACUCGUGCUGGGCACGCGCGAACCUGACGGAGUGACAACACCUUUCGAGCUCCAGUGGAUGCUGCUCGACUGUGAUCCCUCCAAGCCGGAUAGAGACAAUUGCGACGAGCUUCCUCCUGGGCCUGAGGAAGAUGAGAAGGAUGGGAAGGAGGAUAUGACGUGCGAAGUCAUCUGUCCUCAAGGACCACCUGGUUUCAAUGGUACUCAGGGACCCCCUGGUGAAACUGGACUUCCUGGAACUCCUGGUGUACCUGGAUCACCUGGACAACCAGGUGCCACAGGAGAGCCAGGUGAACAGGGCCCCAUGGGCAUUCAAGGACCUCAAGGACCGCCAGGAGACCCCGGAAUACGGUUAGACACUACCUUUACCUCUAACCCUGGCUUCCCACAGUUAGACACCACCUUUACCUCUAACCAUGGCUUCCCACAGUUAGACACCACCUUUACCUCUAACUAUGGCUUCCUACAGUUAGACACUACCUUUACCUCUAACCCUGGCUUCCCACAGUUAGACACCACCUUUACCUCUAGCCCUGGCUUCCUACAGGGAACAGGGAGAGAGAGGUUUGCCGGGUCUGCCAGGAGUUCCUGGAGUACCGGGGACAUCAUCAGAAGGGGUAAAAGGGGACCGCGGUACACCUGGACCAGAAGGUCCCCAAGGACCAAGAGGACCACCCGGUAUAGAGGGACCGCGUGGUAUUCAAGGACCCAUUGGCCCCAGGGGGAAAAAGGUGACAAGGGAGCGGAAGGAGCUCGCGGAAAGGAAGGGGAGCCAGGGCCACGUGGGCUUCCUGGUUUGGAUGGUGCCCAAGGCACCCCUGGACUGCCAGGACCUCCAGGACCUCCUGGAACUCGCGGUGAACAGGGAUUGCCGGGAACGUCACUAGAUUCCAACGUCGUUAGUCAUCUGCUUCCGGGACCUCCUGGACCUCCUGGAUCCCCUGGACUACCCGGUGAGCCAGGGUUAAAGGGAACGAAAGGUGACACUGGAGCUGAAGGCGGUAAAGGUGUAAAGGGCGAGAGAGGUGACCAAGGGUCCAGAGGAAAUGAUGGCAAAGAUGGUCAGAAGGGACAGCCAGGAGACCGUGGACCACAGGGGUUGAUAGGUCCUAAGGGUGACCAGGGACCUACUGGAACUCGUGGUCUCCCAGGAUUCCCUGGACCUCCGGGACAGACGGGCCCCAUCGGCGACCCGGGACUUACUGGAGCGAAAGGCGACAAGGGAGAGCGGGGCAUCCCAGGAGCCCCAGGUUUACCUGGCUUUGCUUCCGAGAAAGGGGAAGCGGUAUGGGAAGAGCUUGUGGCGUCGCUCCAAGGUGCCCCGGGAUUACCAGGUCCUCGUGGAGAUCCAGGGUCCAGGGGAGACAAGGGUGCACAGGGGCCUCCUGGAAUACCUGGCAAUGAGGGGCCUCGAGGACUGCAAGGCAACCCUGGACUACCUGGGAGCAUGGGAGUGCCGGGAGAGUCGGGACCGCCGGGUGACAGAGGGGAUCCAGGCUCUCCAGGUCCGGAAGGACCAGCAGGGCAGCCAGGGGCAGCUGGAAAUCCUGGUAUUCCUGGACUUAAUGGUGUCAAGGGCGAUCCGGGCGAGCGCGGACCGGAGGGGCCCCGAGGACAGCCCGGCAUGGACGGCCGACCGGGACCACAAGGUACAGCUGGACCUCCCGGCCCUGUGGGACAAAUAGGGAUUCCGGGUAAACCGGGCCCUUCGGGACCACCAGGACCUCCGGGACCACCAGGCGAGAGAGGUGUAACUAGCUAUGUGACAGGCGCCGGAGGAGAGGUGGAAGUUGGACCAAUGGGACCGCCGGGACAACCAGGACUGCAAGGAGCAACAGGGAUGCCAGGUGAGCGAGGUGCUGCAGGGAAGAGAGGACCAUCUGGACCUCCAGGAAUGCCAGGAGUACCUGGAUUACCUGGUCCACCAGGCCCUCAGGGGGACAGUGGACUACGAGGUCAACCUGGUAUGCCUGGCAUGCCAGGAAUUCCUGGACGCAGUAUUUCAGAGCAAGAAGUCCGGGAUCUGUGUUAUAUGGUUCUCAGAGAUCAUAUGGAGGAUCUAGUGGCUAACCUUCAAGGGCCACCAGGUCCAGCAGGAAGAGGCAAGCCUGGUAGAGCAGGUCCGCCUGGACAGAUAGGAUUACCUGGCGAACGUGGAUCACCUGGACCACCUGGAGAGCGAGGCUUUAUGGGUUUGCCAGGUCUUCCUGGCCCACAAGGUCCAUCAGGUAGACAAGGUGACCGAGGGCCUAAAGGAGACAGGGGCCCUAUGGGUAAUGGCAAGGAUGGACAGCAAGGGCCACCCGGACCACCUGGCCCUGUUGGCCCAACUGGUGAAGGUAUUAUGGGUCGCCCUGGUGAAAGGGGUCCUCCAGGAAGUCCUGGUGCACAUGGGCACCGUGGCAUGCCUGGGCCACAAGGUCCACCAGGCUACUGUGAAUACUGCAAUUAUGGAAGUCCUUCAGCCUUGGCAGCCUUCCACUAUCAGCAAGUGGCCGCACGUGGAAAUAACGUCAAGGGGCCAUAAAAUGACCUAAACCUGCCUCAUCAGUCCUUGUCAUCAACUCCUUCCUGUAGCAAGAAUUCCCAUGUUAAGCCAUUAUUUAUUAGAUUAUACCUGGCUCUGUUGUUUUGUUUACAGUGUGUGGUAAGACCUAAUUCUACUUUCUGCUUGCAGAGAUACUCUGAUUUGUCAGUUUCACUAACUGCAAGCUUCCAGCCCCUACUGAUCUGCUAUUUUCAAAUGCAUUUUUCCUGUAACAUUAGCUGUAUGCUUUGUCAGCCAGCACUUGAUUCUCAAUGCAUUAUGCUUUUUGCUAUUUACUCCCUGCAGCUCUGAAAUUUUUCAUUAUUUUUCACUGCAUCUAACUUUAUUUUGUUCAUUCUGAAGCCUUUGUUUUUAAACUUCUCAAACUGCCAUCUCAUUUCACUGCUGUUAAAUACACUUUGCAUGCCUGACAUCGGUGCCUUAUGCAUAUCCAUCCCUGCUGUCUUUAGUCAUCAACAAGACAAAAGCAUGGAAAUAAAAACAUCAAGGUGUUAUAAAACACUUCUCACAAAAUAGGAAUGCACAUUUUGAAUACUUUGGACUGCCUGGUGAGAAUCACACCCACUUUCAAGAUUUUCCGCUUCAGUCUGCAUGCUCAGAAAUCAUGCUUACACAUUACAAAUUAUGAUGUCAUUUCUGUCUUUCACAUUUUAUAUCUUUAGCCUGUUAAAUGCAUAAUACUUAUUCCAUCCCAAUAAAUGAAAGCUCUUACUCCAGAUUCUGCAUUUAUAUUGAAAAAUAACUUCAGUUUAGAUGGCAGGUAGGUGAACUUAUAAAGACCAGUUCUUACUUUUGCUUCACAACCUCUGUACACAAAUUAACAAACAAGUGCAGCCCUAUUAUCUACGGAUUGCACACACUCAACUACCAGUACCUCUACUACAGAUCAUGACAAGAUGUUCUGUUUUCUUCAGUCUUGAUCAUAUCUAGAUCAAUUUGUGGAGACCCUUCUGCUGUGUUCAUUAAGUUGAUUUCACAAUGUAUUAAAAACAAAAGAUUCCAACUCAGGUGACUAAUGGUAAAGGAAUCUUUCUAAUCUCUAUCCUCAGGAAAUAUUAUCUAAAUUAUAAAUGCAUGUCAAUAUCAAAGCAUGUAGACAAGGAAUGCAAGUCCUAUGGCCUGUGCAUGUCGAAGUUUAUGUAUUGAGAUCACCACUGCAUUUCAAGCAAUGCUUUAGGAUCCUUUGUACAAUUUUGUAGCUAUUUUAUGUAGUCACAUUUCAAGCUGUUUAUAGGUAUUUCUCGAUUUUUUUUUUUUUCCGAAAAGAUCUCUCCUCUCCUUAUUAACAAUGCACAAUCUGCAGACUGGUCUUGAGUUGACUUCCUCUCACAGACUGGCCAGUUAACCCACCGUCAGCAAUGUCUGUAUGAGGCAUGCUAGCAUUAUGUGUAUUUUUCAAGGUGUGGGUACAGAGCAGUCUUGGAGAUCUGGAAGCAACGUUUCCUUCAACUGUUGCAUGGAUGUUUUUUUCAGUGCACAUUUCUAGACAUAUUGAAGCAUAGUAUAGUAUGUUAUGUCACCUCAUUUUCUCCUCAUCUAAUGCUACAGGUUAGGGAAGGUGGUUUGGGCUGCAUUUUUGGUCCCUCAUGAUGUCAUUUCUCAAAUGUGUGUGCAAACACCUUGGAUGUCAUUAUUCAUGUCAAGGAUCAUAUCUACAUGAUAAAGUGCCUACUGUGUAAUUUUAGAAAGGCUGUUAUCCAACAGCCUGGACCAGCAGACAUGCAUUGGUGAAUUCUGCACAAGAACUGAAUAACUGAGAAAUGAACACAAAAUGUGUUACAAUUCAUGCUUUCCCAAGAAAAGCCAUGCCUUAUUCCCAUGUGACAGACUUCUCAAACUGGCAGGUUGAGGUACAAUGUACAGAAAUGCUAACACUGACAUUUCUUGUUCAAAGUAGCUGUUUCACUAGCGCUGUGGUGUAUAGUGCAAGUGAUCCAGCAUCCAUCACAUCUACCUUCAAGAUUUUCAUUGGUAAAACCUUCAAUACUUAAGGUUUAGAGAAAUGGUAUCGGUGAACAACUCUUUGGGUAGUCUUAUGUGCAUGUGCAAGUUCAAUGUCAAGUUAAAAUGAUCACAAUACAGUGUACCUUCACACGUAUUCCUGGUAUAGUAUUCCUGGAUAAAUGAUUGUCUAACCUUCACUUUUGUCCAGACCAAGAGGUGCAUCACUGGGUAUUCUCUGGAAUAGUUUAGUAUUGUGAGCUACACGGAGUGCUUAUGGCACACAGGUGAAACAAGUACCAUCGAUCAGUAGCUUCUUCAUGGAAAUGGAAAUAAAAUGAUAACAAGGAUGAUACUGCAGUUUACUGUUUCCUAAUUCCAGGAAUUUCAGUGACAUCCCAAGAGACACCACUUGAAUGCUUGUAAUCUCCACAGAUUUGCCUUGGUCUAUUGGUAAGUGCAGGGGAAGAGGAGCCUCAAAGUUACUGCAGAUACACCAUGCAGUAUUUACUAUAUGCAUUGAUCAAACUACCCCAUUAAAUACCUGUGCAUGUUUAAAUGACCACGUGAAACAGGCCAGCGUAAGUGCAAAACAUGGAUCUGCAUUUCUGACUACAGAGAGCUGUGUGCAGCCAUAAAAUGCCUUCCAAGUCCCUUUCUCUCUCUUUUUUUUUUUUUUGUUGGAGGAAAGGGCAGGGGAGGGGAAGGAGUCACCAUGAUGUAACAAUGGCUGAAGUCUGUCAGUGAUACCUGCAGUAGUUUUAUAUCAAUUUGUUUAAAAUGGAUUGUUUUAUCAGCCAGUUUAUAUUGGACUACAGAUACUGUCCACUGAGCUCUUAUUUACGUUACAUGAUGCUGAAUGCUUUUUACAGGUUUUAUGAUUACAUGGUUCAAAUAUGUGCAAAUGUUUGAUAUUUAUUUUCUUCUCUGUAAGGGAAACAAACUGUUAAAGACGCAAAUUUGCCUACCAUUAAAUAUUUAGCCACAAUAGUACUUCUACAGAUGCAUGUAUUGAUGCCGAUUUUGACGAUGAAAUACAGCUAACACUUGUUUUGAUGAUCGCCAAAGCUUCAAUUCAGGCAACAUAAUUCUGCAUGUUUGUAAGUAGACAAAUGCCUUUAUGCCAACUUAAAAAAAACUUCCAUAAUGAACUAGUUGCUUCUUAAAGAAUUGGACACAAUGACAAGAGGUGCCUACAAGUGCUAUCAAUCCCGAUUUCAGCUCUCAACUUUGUCAAUCUUACACAUGCCACAUCUAUGCACAGCAACCUGUGUGCACUUGCACACACACACACAGAGGCCAGUUUAAUGAUAAUAAUGAGAUUUUAUACACUGCUUCUCCAAAAUUUGUUCAAAGCAUUUCACAAAUAAAAAAAAAAAAUCCAUUCAUACAACAGACACACCCAUAGAGUAAACAGACACUUUACGCAAGUGUGCAGUCGGCCAUGGAAGGGUGAAGUGAUUGAAAUUUUAAAAAAAAGAAUAAAAAGAAAAAGAUGCGGUAAGUUUGGACUUAUAGGUGGUCAAAGAAUCAGAAUGAGGAAGUUUGUAGGGACUAAAUCAAGCUGAGACUGGGGAUAUGUGUGGAACAUUUGCCUAAAGGUUUAGAAGAGCUGUGUCCUUUGUUUUUUUUGGUCAUAAUAAAUGGCGGAAUACUUGUGGAAAUAUAUUCCAGUAAUUUCCUAUCAUUGAAAACCUAUAGCAAACAAAUGUUUUAAAAGAAAACAGUUGACUAAAUAUUAACAAAUCCCUUAAAACUAGAACCCUAAGAAAAUAAGUUCCCAACCUCAUCUCUGCAGCUACAAGAGCCGUCUAGUUUUGGGAUAGUAUUGUGAUGACGCAUUUUGCUUCUCACUGGCUCGAAAAGCAGGGUUAGCACUACAGGCACCUCUUUAAAGCAUCAAUGUAGAUCACAGAACGAAGUUUACUAUGAUCUACAGCUACUCCAAAUUUACUGUACAUUUUAGAUGUAGCGGAAUUUUUCUUGUUGUAUUUUGAUGGGUAUCUUUGGUUAAAAAAAAAUGCUGAAUUUGUUGUAACAGUGAAAGCACUGGAAAUGCAUGUAUGCCUGCAGAAAAAAAAAAUGAUGAUGAGAUCUCUUAUAGGAAAUGAAUGGUUUCAUAUAUCA